ACAUUAUCCUGCACACAGACCCACAGAGAGAGCCAGCAGUGAUCAGAGCACCUCCAGGCUUGCAGAUGUGGAAGGAGCGCUGUGCAAGUUCCAGUCCUGGGUGUCUGGCCCAGUGAUUCAGGAGCAGGAGGACGCUGUGGAAAGCAGGGCCAUGGGGGUGAGCCUGGGCCAGGAUGAAGGCUGGCUCUUGCCUUUCUUGUUCUUGCUACUGAUGAUCAUAGUGUCGCCCACCCAGGGUCAAGGGUGUCCCCAGCGUUGUGAGUGCAUUGCAAAACACAAAACUGUGUCUUGUUAUGGUAAACGCCUGUCCGCGCUCCCAGACAGCAUCCCACUCGACACCAAGAUCCUGGACCUGAGUGGGAAUAAGCUCCGCUGGGUAGAGCAGGGUGACAUGCUUCCAUAUACACGUCUUGAGAAGCUGGACCUGAGUGAGAACAUGAUCAGCGUCCUGGAACCGAAUGCCUUUUCUAGUCUCCAGAACCUGCAGUUGCUGUCACUGAGGGGUAACCAGUUGAAACUGGUCCCAAUGGGAGCUUUCUCACGUCUGUCCAACCUAACUUCUUUGGACCUCAGUGGGAAUAAGAUUGUAAUUCUUUUGGACUAUACCUUCCAAGAUUUGAAAAGUCUGAAAAACCUGGAAGUUGGAGACAAUGAUUUAGUUUAUAUUUCCAACAAGGCCUUUCUGGGUCUGGUGGGGCUGAGGGAGCUGACUAUCGAGAGGUGCAACCUGACGUCUGUGUCCAGCCAGUCUUUGUCUUACCUGCACAACCUGGUGACUCUGCGGCUCCGCUACCUCAGUAUCUCUACUUUAGAGGACCAGAAUUUCCGAAAGUUGGGGAAUCUGAGGGGCCUCGAGAUCGAUCACUGGCCCUUCUUGGAGCACAUUUCCCCUCACAGCCUGCAGGGCCUUAACCUAUCUUGGCUGUCGAUUACUCACACUAACAUCACCUCUGUGCCCACCUCAGCCCUCCGCAGUCUGGCUCACCUCACCAGCCUCAACCUCUCCUACAAUCCGAUCUCUGUGCUGGAGUCCUGGGCGCUGCGGGACCUGGUCAGGCUGAAGGAGCUGCAUCUGGUCAACACUAAUCUAGUGGUAGUGCAGCCAUAUGCGCUGGGCGGUCUACGGCAAAUCCGCCUCCUUAACCUCUCCACUAACGGCCUGGUGUCUCUGGAAGAGGGAGCCUUUCAGUCUGUCAACACUCUGGAGACGCUGCGUUUGGACGGGAACCCUCUGGCCUGCGACUGCCGCCUGCUGUGGAUCCUUCAGCGGAGGAAGACCCUCAAUUUUGACAGCGCCUCCCCAGUGUGCAUGACGCCAGUGGAGGUGCAGGGACGGGCCCUCAACGCUUUCUCAGACUCGGCUCUCUUUGAUCACUUUACCUGCCAGAAGCCCAAAAUCCGCAACAGGAAACUGCAGCAGGUAUCCGCCCGCGAGGGGCAGGUUGUGUCAUUUAUUUGCAGAGCAGAAGGCGAGCCGACACCGGUGAUAUUCUGGAUCUCUCCUCAGCGCCGCCGCAUCACUACAAAGAGCAGCGGCCGCCUAACUGUGUUACCAGAAGGCACGUUAGAAAUUCGGUACGCCCAGGUGACAGACAGUGGAACCUACAUCUGCAUAGCCAGCAAUGCGGGUGGAAAUGACACCUAUUUUGCCACACUUACAGUCAGCGGGUUGCCACUUGAUGCAGCCCUUAUGGCCAACCGCACAUACUAUGCUGGGGACCUUAAUGACACGAAUCUGAAUGACACCAGAGUCUUCUUGAAGUUUACUCUGGACCUCAAGACCAUCCUCAUAUCCACAGCUAUGGGCUGUAUCAUGUUCCUGGGGGUAGUUCUCUUCUGUUUCAUUCUGCUGUUUGUGUGGAGUCGAGGGAGAGGGCAGCACAAGAACAAUUUCUCAGUGGAGUAUUCUUUCAGAAAGGUGGACGGACCCGCUGCAAGUGGAGGACAGGGUGGGGCACGCAAGUUCAACAUGAAAAUGAUUUGAUUAUUCGGAUCUGUUUCACUCAUUCUUCUCCUGAUACUGUUUACAAGCAGUCUCAAGCUAAGGGGACGCGACACCGAAGCUUUGUGCUCGCAAAACAUUAAAUAUGGUUAUUUAUAGGACAUUUUAUUGAGACAAGUUUUGUUAAUGAAACUGUAUAUAUGAGGAAAAAAAGGAUAUCUGCAUGGAUUUGAUACAUUUCUAUCACAGUGUUGUGUGUGUUUUCACAUUAUUGUGCUGAGGAAACCGGGAUUGAAAAGGUAUAAAGAUGUCUCCGAAUCUUGAAUAGACUGUUAAAAGACCAAGCUACAAAAGCACUCAGUCCCACCAGUCUUUAACCUCGACAAAACUCUUGCCAACUCCGUCCUCCUUUCGUACAAGGAACUCCAUCCUCUUCAUCUUUAAAGGAUGUCGCCUCUCUGCUCCAUCUGAGGUGAUCGAAGCUCUCUAUCCCCAAACGUGAAUACAUUACAACAGGGUGGUGCUCAAUGAAUGCCAAGGACUUGCCAAUACGUAUUUGAAUAGUUCCAGCUAUAUACUGCAUAUUUAGACAUAUUUACAGUCAGGACUUCAGAGCACUAUUCUGACAGAAAUAUAGAGGCUCUGCUUUUUUUUUGCUGAUGGUGGGUUUGUACAGAAUACAUUAGACAUUAAGAGACUCUGCAACACUGCCAAUUUGACCGUAAAGCACCAUGUAAUGUGGUAAAGAGAAGCUGCUUCUCAUUGGAAACCACUUAAAGUUGGUCAAAGCUGUUUUAAAAAAAAAAAAAACAGGACUCUACAGGUUAGAGGAAUACUUC